AAAAUAUCCCACAACCGAGAUCAUCAAGACCAACAAUCGCAAAUCCUCUGGAGAAGAGAACUGCUUAGUGGAUCCAUGGCAUCCAAGGAGCUCAUCAAAGCUACAAGUUGCUUAACCAAGGCAUCUCAAUGCAGAGAGGACACUGCAAUCCUUACUCAAGCUCAUGCUAACUGGGAGAACUACUUGACUCCAGCACCAAUGUCAAUAGCCUUCCUGGGUGAGCUAGUCUUCAUCUCCUCCAACCAAGACUUCUCUAUCAGGGAUGGAAAUCCAGAAGGUGGAUUCAAGUUCAUCAAAUAUCCUGAUUCAUUCCGUGCCUGUCUCAUGCAGGUGUGCAAUUCAGGUUGGCGAGCCUUUAACCAAGCCCACAAGAGCAUGGACAAGAUUUUCUUACACACACAAAAUGUGCCAACAUACAUCAAGAGAACUGUACAGAUACUUCUCCAGAAUGAUGAUGUACUUGUUAAAAGCCUUCUCCCUGAUACAUUAGAUAGCAUUGCCAACAUAUCAACCAGCUGUGUAGAACUGGCCAAAUCGGUUGAAAGUAAGUUCCUUGAUGUCACUGAAUUGAUUACAGAGCUUCUAGAGACCUGCACAUGCGCCAAACAGAAAUAUGGCUGUCACCUGAAAGAGGUUAGGGAGAUGCUGGAGAACGAAAAAUGCAAGAAAGACACGCUACAGGAGGAAAAGAGACAAGCUGAAGAGGCAUUUAAGAAAUAUGGCAAGAAGCUUGAAGAGGCUAAUGAAAACUUCCAAAAGGCUAUCGACUCCAUGCCGUCAGGAUGGGACGUCAUCGGAAUGAACUUUGUAGAGGGAUUUACCAAUGGUGUUAACUCUUUAAUUGUAGGAGCAACAAAUGCCACAAUUGCAGCGGACAGUAGUGAUACACAUACAAAAUAUGAUACAUCAGGAAGUCCAAAAGACAUGUUUGCAACAAACAUUUACUCCAGAGCGACUCACAAUAUAGUUAGCAAGUCUUCUAUGCUUCUUGCUAUUGCCCAAUCCUUAGUUGGCCUUAUUCAAAAGGAUCAAAUCGAAUGUUCAAAGUUUUUAGAUGAAAAGACAGGACAGUUGAUUCUUGAUUGGUUGAAGACACGAAUCGAAGAUGUGCAGUCAAACAUAAAAGACGUAGACCAAUGUCCCGCAAAACCUCAGGCAGAGAAAAUUUGUGAACAGGGCAUUACUAUCUGCUCUGACCUAAGUGCAUUGGCUCCUGAGGGCAAGCAUGACGAUGAGGCCAAGAACAAAGAACUGAUCCAGAGAAUCAGGAAGCUAAUGACCUCUGCACAGAAGUUUGAUUCCUCAGGAAAAAAAUACACAAAAACAUCUGCCUUUUCUGUUAAUCCGCCCGGAAUGAGCAAAGCACAAAGCGCAAGCUCAGGAUCUGCAAGUCAGACUGUGACAGAAAAUGCCCACUUCCGCAUAGAGCAGAUGAAAGCCCAGCUUGCACUAGCCAGCGAGAUGUGUGAAAAAUCCCUGGAAAAAAUGGAGGAAAAGAAUAUAAGGCUAGCCGAAACCCUCAACAAAAUGAGACAACUUCAUGUAGAGGAAAUUGACUUUGACACCACCAUCAGGAUUCUGGCUGAAGGUCUAAAUGCAAUGGGAGAGCUGCAGGAGAAAUGGCAAAAGAUGGUGCAAUUCUUCCAGAUGGUGUCAAACAUCAUUGACACCUGUCUAAAGACAUCCCUGCAGGAUUUCAUCAAAACAGCAAAGAAGCCACACCUGAAAUAUGACUCAAGUAUGUUCUUGAAGGAUACGAUAUACCAACAGGCAUUUCAAGCUUCCAACAUUGCACACCUGGUGAAUAUGAUCUCUGGAACCUACACUGAGGUCUCCAGCAAGUACUUGAUGGACAGAGUUGGCAGCCUAGGAAGACUCAUGGCUUUGGAUCCCAAAGACCCACGUUUCAAAGCUGAACGGCAAAUAUUCGCUGCAUCUUGUGAUGACGCCGAACAUGAAAUCAAAGCUCUUGUCCUGAAGAACAAGGAACUUUACAAGGCAAGGACCAAAGCAAGACUUGAGAAAAUUUAAUAUGAGCUAAAGGCAGUAUUACCCCCACCAUCUGAAAAGGAAACAAAUAAACUGCGAGAGAUAGUGGCCUCUGGAUUCCAGGACAACCCAGAGGAUAUUGAUCAGUUUGAAUGAAGAUUUAUGGAGGUAGUUGAGUCUAAUCAAUCUCCCCCCCAUCCCAUGCCUUAAAGACUGUGUUCACACAUGCAGCCCAAUUCUGAUGUUUUGCCCAUUUAUUGGUAAAAGAGCUGAUCUGAUUGGUCAAAAGACCAAUUUGUGGAAAAAUAUCAGAAUUGAGCUCUCUGUGUAAAAUCAGUGCCUGGAACUGCUUUAUGGAAAAUAGCUGUGCCUUUUGCAAAAAUCUGAAUGUUUUAUACAUUUUUUGUUGUUGUUGCUGUUUGGAUAACAUUUGGAUAAUAUUCAAGUAGGCUACUGUAUAUCUUCCUAUACUAAUAAUAGCCAAUGAGAAUAUGAUUAAGGCAGGAGACUCCAACUAUAUGAUUAUUGGUAAUAAACCCUGAUUCAAAAAUAAAACUUUAUAAAAUGCCAAACCAAUGAAACGUGUCAUGUAGAUGCGCAGUCUUCAUCUUCCAUGGCUUUAGUCUAUUAGUUUGUUGUCAACAUUUAUUUUCUUGAAUUAUUGUAUUAUUUCUACUGAUAAAUCAA